AUGGAUUUCGGUUCCCUGGAGACGGUGGUGGCCAACUCGGCCUUCAUCGCCGCACGCGGCAGCUUCGACGGGAACAGUGGCCCGUCCUCUCGGGACAGGAAGUACCUGGCCCAGCUGAAGCUUCCCCCACUGUCCAAGUGCGAGGGCCUCCGGGAGAGCCUGGACCUGGCGUUCCCGAGCGUGUGCGCAGAGCAGCCCAUCGGCAAGCGGCUGUUCCAGCAGUUCCUGGGGGCUGACGAGCGGCACUUGCCGGCUCUGGAGCUCUGGAAGGACAUCGAGGACUAUGACACGGCGGAUGACGACCUCCGGCCUCAGAAGGCCCGGGCCAUCCUGGCCGAGUACCUGGACCCCCAGGCCAAGCUCUUCUGCAGCUUCCUGGACGAGGGCGCGGUGGCAAAGGCCCGGGAGGGGCCCGUGGCGAGCGGGGACGCGCCCUUCCAGCUGCUGCUGCAGGCCACCCUGGCGCACCUGAGCCAGACACCCUUCCAGGAGUACCUGGACAGCCUCUACUUCCAGAGGUUCCUGCAGUGGAAGUGGCUGGAGGCCCAGCCCAUGGGCGAGGACUGGUUCCUGGACUUCAGGGUCCUGGGGAAAGGGGGCUUCGGGGAGGUGUCCGCCUGCCAGAUGAAGGCCACAGGCAAGCUGUACGCCUGUAAGAAGCUCAACAAGAAGAGACUCAAGAAAAGGAAAGGCUACCAGGGUGCAAUGGUAGAGAAGACGAUUCUAGCAAAGGUUCACAGCAGGUUUAUAGUCUCUCUGGCCUAUGCGUUUGAAACCAAAACUGAUCUCUGUCUGGUGAUGACUCUCAUGAACGGAGGUGACAUAAGGUACCACAUCUACAACGUGAAUGAGGAGAACCCUGGCUUCCAGGAGCCACGCGCGGUCUUCUACACGGCCCAGGUCAUCAGUGGCCUGGAGCACCUGCACCAGAGAGGCAUUGUCUACCGAGACCUCAAGCCGGAGAAUGUGCUUCUGGAUGAUGACGGCAAUAUCCGCAUUUCUGACCUUGGGCUAGCUGUGGAGCUGAAGGACGGGCAGACUAAGACCAAGGGCUACGCAGGCACCCCAGGGUUCAUGGCCCCUGAGCUCCUGCGGGGCGAAGAGUACGGCUUCUCCGUGGACUACUUCGCCCUGGGCGUCACGCUGUACGAGAUGAUCGCAGCCAGAGGGCCCUUCCGCGCCCGUGGAGAGAAGGUGGAGAACAAGGAGCUCAAGCAGAGGAUCCUGUCCGAGGCCGUCAAGUACCCCGACAAGUUCAGCCAGGCCAGCAAGGACUUCUGCGAGGCGCUGCUGGAGAAGGACCCCGAGAAGCGCCUGGGUUUCAGAGACGGGACGUGUGACGGGCUCCGCACCAGUCCCCUCUUCAAGGACAUUAACUGGAGACAGCUCGAGGCUGGGAUGCUGACACCCCCCUUUAUCCCGGACUCCAGGACGGUCUAUGCCAAGAACAUCCAGGACGUGGGCGCCUUCUCCACCGUCAGGGGUGUGGCCUUCGACAAAGCUGAUGCUGAGUUCUUCCAGGAAUUUGCGACCGGCAGCUGUCCCAUCCCUUGGCAGGAGGAGAUGAUCGAGACGGGCGUGUUUGCGGAGCUGAACGUGUGGCGUUCUGACGGGCAGAUGCCCGACGACAUGAAGGGGGUGACUGCGGAGGGGGCGGCCUCGGCGUCCAAGUCAGGGAUGUGUCUGGUCUCCUGA